AUGGCUGACAGCAGCCUUGUUGGCCGCCUGUGCGGAUCUUGCCAGCACAGAACCGGCGUUCCCGCCCAACCCACGCGCCAGCCUAACAGUACACACCUUACAUGUCGCAUAUGCCGGCUAGUUUUGGCUGCUAUCACGGUUGCGAAAUCACUGGACGUCGACCCGUUGAGAUCAUAUGCUGUAGACUUCGUUCGUCUCGUCUACGACCAGGACCUCAGCACUCGAGAACGAACAGAUUGGGCCUCCAGCAAAGAUCAAGACGAACAUGACCUGAUUAUACAAUGCUCCGCGGGGGAUUUCGUAUUCAGAGAGCUAUACACAAAGACUAUUACACAAAGGCCAGUCUCUGAAGGACUCCAAGGUUUAAGCACGAGACUAGAAGACUACAUCCCCAUCAUAACAGCUCGGGUUCAUCGAUGUAUCAACUUCCAAUAUCGCCUGCCAAGCAGCGCAAUCAUCCCCGGACACUCCCACGAUGGUCGUCCCAAAGAUACAUGGAAGAAGCCGUUUGACCUCUUCGCAAAACUUCUGAGUGUACCCGCGGUCGAUUGGCAUACCACAUUUCGUCAUCUGGAAAGCCUCGUUCGUUCCUGCCAACACCAUCACGCUCAUUGUCAAGCCGGUCUCCCACAUUUUCAGAGCGACCGGGGGGUUCCACAUGCGAUACGGCUUAUUAAGUGCUUUGCUCCAACGCCGGAUCCGAAGAUUCGCCUAGAAGCUUUCCACAACCAGCCACCGCCGUACAUAACUCUGAGCCACCGAUGGAGCCGAGAGCAACCAUGGAAGACCACAAGGAAGAACUUCGACCAGAGCCUCCGAGGCAUUCCAUACGACCAACUUCCUAAAACGGUUCGAGAUGCUAUCGUCGUUGCCGGAGAAUUGGGGAUUCAACACCUGUGGCUUGACUCUAUCUGCAUCAUACAAAACGAUAGCGAGGACUGGACGCAGCAGUCCAGCCAAAUGGGACUCAUCUUCGCGCGAUCGUUUUGCACUUUGGCAGCCAUCGAUGCCUUCUGCGAGACACAGGACGACAUGGGUCUCCUACUCUCCCGCGACAAGGUCCCGGCUAACAUCUCAAUCAAAUCCUCCUUCGAGAUUAAAUAUGACUCUACUCACUCCCACGACUCUGGGAAAAGGACAUACACGCUUGGCAAGCAACCCGUCGACCCCGGCCGAGUAGCGGACUCUGCAUGGGAGACUGAUAAGCAAUACACCGCCGAUUUUCAAUACACGCCCUUUGAUAUGUGUAUCGAGAGGUCGGUUUGGAACACCCGCGGUUGGAUGGAGCGGCUGUUGUCGACCCGAAUACUAUACUUUGGCAAGGAGCAAGUCUUUUGGGAAUGCGCUGAGGGCAUACAAGAUGAACAAUCCGGGAAAACAAAAGUCGGCCAAACGAGUCCGAAGACUCUCAGAAAUGAUAGAUGGGCGACCUCCAAUCACCACCUUCAUCGAAUGCUUCGCGUCUCCGACGAACGGCGCGCCGUGCUUCUCCAAAAAUCCCAUGGCCGUUGGAGAGAAGAGCUCACCUUUUAUGAUAUUUGGGCUGAAUCCUCCCUGAUUAAGGCAUGGUGGCUAAUCACCGAACGCUACACCCAGUGCUCCUUGACGUUCACCAAGGAUCGAUGGUUCGCCAUACAGGGUCUCUGUGACGUGCUCCAGCACCGAUACAAGUCGAACUUACACGCGGGGAUCUGGGAUAUAGGAGUUGGAGCCUGUUUACUCUGGCACGCACGCGCAAACCCAUUGACUCCUUUCUCAGAUUUUGUCACGCCUUCGUGGUCUUGGCUCGGCAUGAGCGGACCCAUCUCCUACGCGUACGAGGACGAAUCGUAUACGGGUUAUAUUCAAGAGGUGGCACCACUGAUAAAAGACCAUUCCUUCGAGGAUGUCAGUCCUCUUACUCUCGCAAGAGACGUAGGUAAAACUCAUAUGCCCUACGGCUUCUCAGGCAGCCUCACCCUCACGUGUCCCGUGAGCCUGGCCGCGGUGUCUAGCAGCCAGUUCAAGGAUUUCCAUUUCCGAGAGCAGACAGGACAAGCCGUCGAUUCACCAGGCUGGAAGUUCUUUCGCGACGUGUCUGAGGGCACAUCCCAGCUGGAACUGGCCCGGGAGUAUCGCGCAGUCGAUCUCCCCCCGAUGACGCGCUUGCUGAUGGCCUGCGAUGGCCAGAAUGAGGAUGACGAUUCGGGGCGUGCCGUCGGUUGGGUUGUGCUUGAUCGGGACGUUCGACCGGAGGAAAAGGUGCUUUGCGCAGCAGUCGUGCUGCGCAUUCUGCAUGGGCGAAAAGAGACUGAGCAGCAUAUCCUCGAGUGCAUCGUUCUAACGGAGGACGACUUGGGAAAUCAAGCUCCUGGCGACCGGAAUAAACCCCUUUAUCGAAGAAUAGGUAGAGGCCGCAUUGUUGAGAAGGGGCGGUUGGACGUCUGUAAAAUGGGCACUGUAUGCUGCAUUUGA